CUGGAAAACAGUCAUUCGGGACGAAGCUCCCGAGCUGAACGGAUUGUUCCCUUACCCACUCCCACGAUUGUUUCAUUUUUGCCAGUGCCUUUAACAACCGCCUUAAAUACAAACAAACAAACAAAAAACACUCAGCCGAUUCAAUCCGCAAGUUUUUUUUUCGAAACAUCUUUCGGCACCGAGCCCGAAAACGAUUCAGUGCUUUUCUUUCACGGGAUUUCUUUCUCUCUCUCAAAGUGAGCACAAACUGCUAACUCUCGUUUUCUAUUAACGAAGAAGACAAAAAAAAAAUGAUGAUGAACAGCAGUCCGCAGAAGAUGUCCCCGCCACCGAUGACGUACUCGCCCAUGAAUUCAUCGGCGGCCGUGCAGAUGCAGUUCAACCACAACAACAACAACAACAAUUUAACACCCAUCAAAUCGAGCGCUGGCACCAAACGACCCAUCCAGCCCGCCGUUGCCGGUGUUUCGUCCAACAGUUCGGCCAAGAAGCGCAUCCAAUUCAACAGCCUCGGUUACGUGUUACCACCGGCCCCGCCAGCUUCGGUGGCCCGGCGAAACGCUCGCGAACGCAACAGAGUUAAACAAGUCAACAUGGGCUUCGCCGUCCUGCGCCAGCACAUCCCGACAUCAUUUUGCGAGGCCAGCACGGCCAGCGACAGCGGCCGAUCGUCGAGCGGAGGCGGCAGCAGCAAAAGCCGCAAGGUCAGCAAAGUGGACACGUUACGCUGCGCUGUCGAAUACAUCCGCAGCCUUCAAGAAAUGCUCGACUCGGACGGCUGCAGCGAUUCGGCCUCAUCCACCUCAUCCAGCGCCUGUUCUUCGUCCGAAAACAUGUCACCACCAGCCCACCUGCAGCCAAAGAGUUUCACCUUUGGUGUCCAUCAUCAGCCUUCCAUCAGCACGUCGUUGUCACCUUCGAAUUACAGCGACGCUUCAUCACCCACGCCAUCCGAUUGCUACGGCUCCGAACACUCCUACUACACCGCCUCGUCGCAAUGGGGCGGCUGCGGUGGCAACAACGUCAACAACCACAACAACAUGGGUGUCGGUGUCACCAACGAUCUCUACGACGUCUACGACGCGCCCGACUUUGCCUCCGAGUCCGUCGAUCCGCCCAACGAAGACGAGCUGCUCGACGCCAUCUCUUGGUGGCAGCAAAGUCAAUAGCAUUCGCACAGAAAUCCACUCGGAGAAAAUGGGCGAACUUUGAGAAAGAAAAAAAAUAAAUAAAAUUAGACGAAAAAUAAAUCCAAACACAAAAAAGUUUACUGUGAUAAAGGUACUUCGUUGGUUGGGACCGAUACCAACACAUAGCAGCAAUACGUAAAAGAAAAAAGAAAAAAAAGGAUCAGGAGUUGCUGUCUGAUAUCAUGGCGGAUCGAGCCGAUCGACCCAAAGACGAUGGACAGAACAAACACAAAUUGGCUUCAAAUGUAAUGCAUUUUUUUUUUUUUACCUUUUUCUUUCUCAUUUAUCAAAGAGAUCAAACCAAGUGCCCUCCAUCAUGUAAAAAGAAAAGAAAGAAAAAAUAGAGAGAGAAAGAAACAUGGAACUGGAUUGAGGCGUCGCCUGAAAUCCGUUCGAAUCCCAAUAAGAAUGAUUUACAUAUCAAACUUGCCAGCCAUCAAGUGCCUGUGUCUUUCCCAAACCGGACUUCCCAAUUUCUUUCUUCAAUUCCUUUCUUCCAUUUUUUGUACAUUGUACACACGUGCCUUUUUCUCCAUUGACGUCUUCUUCCGGCCCUUUCUUAAACCGUUUUUUUCUUUCAAUUGUGUGCCUUUCAUGUUUUAAAAAAUGGACUGAUAUGUCGACGCCAAUUGUUUUCCCCUCAUAGUGUGCUAUAUAUAAAAAAAAUAACAAAAAACAAAGUUGUACUGUAUCCAUCUCGACUCCCUUUUCCUGAUGCUCAGCGAACUCGACUUUAGAAAAAAAAAAAAAAAAAAAAUGUUUUGUCCAUGAAACGGAUCCGGAAGUUGAUGCCAGUCCGAGUUUUCCGUUUGAUUGACGCAGAGAUCCUGCUUGAUGGCUUUAUUACUAUUUUAAAAGAAAAACAAAACAAAAAAAAUGUUUCCCUUUUUCAAUGUGUGCUGUUAAUUUGCCUCGUGCAGAGAAAAUAUCAAUGAUGUACAUAAAUGAUUUUUUUAAAAACCUGAA